AUGGAGACACGAAAGCCCGAGUUGAUGGAAGCAAUCCCGCUCUCCAAUUCUCUUCAUAACGUACUGCUGUACCUCCAUGACCAUCCGUAUCCCCACGUUCCCAAUCCGCCAGCAUGCAAGAAACGCGCCUCCGUGGCCCUCAUCCUUCGUGUCCGACCUACGCAUAACCACUGGCCCAGUUCGCAACACUCAUCUCUCUCCGCGCAAGAGAACAACACUACGUCAGUCAAGCAACGCUUAAAUACUUUUUUCGCUCAGGACUGGGUUCAGAACGGUGAUCCCGAGGUUCUCUUCAUCAAGCGAGCUUCCCGUGUGGGAGAUCGCUGGACUGGCCAUGUUGCUCUACCUGGAGGAAAGCGAGAUCCAGAAGAUGCGGACGACACGGCUGCUGCUAUUAGGGAAGCAUCAGAAGAAGUAGGGCUCGACUUAACGGUGAAUGAGUGUAUAUUUAUUGGGAAUUUACCGGAGCGUGUCGUAUCUACUGGCUGGACCUCCGUCCCCUUGAUGGUUCUUUGCCCUUAUGUUUUCCUUCUAACAUGCAGUGAUUCCCCGACCCUCCGACUACAGCCAACUGAGGUUGCAUCAACCCAUUGGGUUCCUCUUAGGGCUCUCCUUUCUCCUUCGCAGCGUACGGUGGAGUAUGUCGAUAUAUCGCAGCGCUAUGCGAAAACAUCUGGAUUUAUUACCCGCCUUACUUCUCGUUACAUCUUGGGCCUUAUGGAAUUUUCUGCUGUCCGGCUAAGACCGACUGAAAGCCUUCAGUGCAAUCAGUCGUUUGGGGUUGCCGUUAAAGACGGCCGAUGGUCGUCUCUCCCAAUACAACGAUUAAGGACGUGGUUUUUGGGCAACCGAGCUGAUCCUGAGAACCAAACCCAGCCCCUUCUUCUAUGGGGUUUGACUCUCGGUAUUCUAGCUGACUUUUUAGACAUGCUCCCGCCUCACACAGCUGUGCAGCUGUGGGAGUACCCUACGUUUACCUUCCCCGAUCUACGAUUGAUUACCAGCAUCCUAACUUAUCGCCUACGGAAACGCAACAAGCUCCAAGCUAAGUCUGGAUCUCCAUUGAGCAACACAGCGGUUGGCAGUCAAACAUCUGCUGUGACUGUAACCGGUGAUAACGAUGCUGCGGACGCGAACCAUUUUCACAAUGAAGUUGGUAUCGAGGGGCUAGGAGUUGGCAGGUACUACGGGUCAUUUAAGAGCAAAGAGUCAGAGCGGGAUACACAUGCUGUUGGUAUAAUGCUUAAAGGCUAUUAUGCUAAACUCAGAUUGGCUAUCCAGAUUUUCUUGGUGUGGCGAGCUGCGAUAGGCUCCUUAGCUGCGAUUUAUGCAUGGAAACUACUCCGACGCCAAAAAUAA